CUGCGAGUUUCAUGUUUCCAGUCACCAUCAGAUGGUAGACUCGCGUGGUCGCGUUUAGCAUCGAUUACUCGAUACCGAGGCCCCGAUAUCGCUCGAUAAAUCGAUUAAAAUGUCUUAAGUGAAAAGUGGCGUAGUGAUUUGAAAGAAACAAUGGAAGUUGAUAAGAAUAUGGCCGUUAGUGUUGUCAUGCAGAAGCCAAACUACAUGCUGAUGUCCUUGCAGAGGAUUGUUGUUUUGUUGGUUAUAUUGGCUAGUGUUGUUGUUGUUGUUUACUAUACACCAAUGCCAGAGGAAUACUUUGAAAACUGCGAUCGUGAGUGUCACGAAUUAGACUGGCCUAUGAUAUGUCGAGUGAAAUUAGUCGUAGAAGUUUAUAAAACGAACAGCAAAUCUUGCAACAAUUGCUUAGAAACUGGAAAAGAAUGCCCUUCUUUUUGCAUAACUGCUGACGGACGAGAGAGAGGUGUUCUCUCAGCGAAUAGAGAACUGCCUGCUCCAUCGUACCAUGUUUGCCAGAACGAUAUUUUAGUUGUGGACGUCGUUCAUAGAGCUCCUGCGCACGCUUUGUCCAUGCAUUGGCGUGGACAACGACAGAAGGAGACACCUUUCAUGGACGGAACACCGAUGUUAACACAAUGUCCUCAGCCUGCUUAUACGACAUUCCAGUACAAAUUCCGAGCGUCUGAUGCUGGAACACAUAUGUACCAUGCUCAUUCAGCAGCAGAUGCAGCUGAUGGUCUAGCUGGAGCAUUAGUUGUUCGACAGUCACCUAGACUAGAUCCAUAUAGAAGCUUAUAUGACGUGGAUUCAACAGAUCAUACAAUAUUUGUAUCGGAAUGGGGACAUUCCAUGGGCCCACUAGCCGGAAUAACUUCAAAAGUACCAAACCCUGAAUGCCUUUUAAUAAAUGGAAGGGGAAGAAGUCCCGAUUCGCCAAAUGUGCCAUUAUCAAAGUUUUUUGUAGAAUUUGGCAAAAAAUAUAGGUUUCGUCUUGCAUAUGGUGGUGGCAUGAAGAGUUGUCCAAUUAAGUUCCAUAUAAACGACCAUGCACUUAGUCUAAUAGCAUUAGAUGGUCACUAUAUUGAACCAAUAAUUGUUAAAUCGAUUACGUUGGGAAGAGGUGAACGAGCUGACUUUAUUUUAGAUGCAAAUAAAGUAUCUAGUGUUUAUAAAGUGAUCGUCGAGGCAGACAAGUCUUGCCAAGAUAACUUAGAGGGUGUAGCUGAGCUAGUGUAUAAAAAUAAGGAUUUAAAAGUAAUACAUAAACAGAUUGAAGUGAGUGAAGUAGAAGAUGAAUUCACAACUGUGUUUAGUGAAAAGUGUAGUUCAAAUAAAGUGUGGUGUUUGAAUGAAGCACUCGCAGCACAGGAAAUGCCGCAGCAAUUGUCUGGCCCAGUCGACGAGACCGUAUACGUGCCCUUCAAUUAUUCCACCAGGCACAUUUCUACAAAGCGUAUCGAGAGUUGGGGUCAUACUGAUGGUCACCGCUUCACAUACCCCGCUUCUCCUCUUCUGACACAAGGAGCAGGCAUUCCUCCGGAAUCCAUCUGCUCUUCCAACACUGGUCAAGGAGAGGAAUGUGUUCACGUCAAAAAUAUUCGCUUGGAUUCAACGGUAGAAAUCAUCAUGUUUGAUCAAGGUGGCGAAUCGGACCACAUUUUCCAUUUACACGGCUACAGUUUCUAUGUUGUGGCAAUCCAGAAAUUCAACAAGACUCUGGAAAAAGAUAUGGUGAUUAAAAUGAACAAUGAUGGGACCUUAUUCCCUUCGAGAAAUAUCAUCAGACCAGUAUUAAAAGAUACUAUAGUCAUACCAAAGUUCGGUAUCGUUUCAUUACGGUUUCAAGCUGAUAACCCUGGGUAUUGGCUGAUGAGAGACGAGAGAUCAGCGCACUGGACAAGAGGACUCGAUUUCGUCUUCAAAGUGGGAACAGAAAAAGAUUUUGUGCAAGCACCAUCAGAUUUUCCUAAAUGUGGAUCUUAUGUGGGGCCUGAAUAUUUCUUAAUAUAAAGCCUUAUUAAAUAAGGCUAUAUUUUGAAUUGAUAUUUUAAAAGACUUGAAUUACAGGAUUGACUACAAACUGAUCGUAUCAGUAAGAAAUAAGACUUUAUAUUUAGUAAUGAGUGUCAGUGUUUUAAAAGUGGUAUGGUGGGUUUGGACCACAUUGGAGGCUUUUAUUGCCGUGAAUGUUUGAAAGUUGCCGUAGAUGGUGAUAUUACGGGGCUAGUGCGACUUAGCAUCUUAAUAUGUCAAAAAGCGAAACUGCUAAGGUGCGUACAAAUUACGCGCGGCAAACAUUCGAACAUGACGCGGGGCGGCCACGCCUCUUAUAGACGGUCGCGUGCAGUGAAGCGAGCAUUGGCUCGCUCAACGAACCGAACCACUCACUCACGGCUUUUGAGACCGCAUCAAAGGAGCUUAUUCUAUUCGCUCGCGCGCUGCAAAUAUGUAAAAAAUGGACAAUUGACAAUGAAAUUGACUCUUUUGAUACUCGGAAAAGGUACUGCAGGCUAGUAUAGGAGUCCCCAGGUGCUAUAAAUAUUAAAGUUAUUGCUAAUUUGGUAUACAAGAGUGAAGUGGUUUGUCUAGCCGCCGCGGGCCGCAAGCUGGAUCGAUUGCCGCGCGGCAGUCAAGUUCUACUAGAUUUAUAUCAACUUAUUGGCUCGCGCGGCAAAUAAAGGUCAACUCGGAUCGGACAUGGGCUCGUGCGGUUGCCGCACGUAAUUUGUUCGCACCCUUGUUCUUGAUUGAACCCAAAAUUCUGAGCGCUGCAUUGUCUUGCUUGUCUCUUGUCGUCAUGUUAUCUAAGUAAUAAUAAGAAUAAGUAACAAACAUUUUGAUUUUAAUUUACUGACAGCCGUUAAAAUGCGUCCCAAUUAGUACGAUUUCAAGUAUCCAAUCUCGCGUCAAGUAAAUAUUUAGUAUGAAAAACGUUAUAUUUGAUCGCCAGUAGAUCAGUCCGCGUAUUAUAUAUAAAUAUUGAAACAGUUUAAAGUUACAUUAUGAUUACGGCAAGUCCGUUCUACUUUCCCUUCUAAUAACAUAGUGAGACACACAAACAGAUAUUUAAUUGCUACAUGUCCUUUACAUUUCCUCUUGUAUACUAAUGUCGAACGUACAAAGUGUUAAUUAUAAUUGUGCCCCUUAGCAGUUAUUAUGCAAAUGCGAUAAUAGGCGAAGUUUUAAACGUAACCGACUAGAGUGUACUUUUAAUACAAAAUAAAACUUGAAUGGCAUUAAGAUUGUUGGAUAGUUUCGAUAUGAUGUAAUAACACGAAUAAAUACUUUAAAUUAAAAAGUACGAGAGUGCAGUUACACAAGAACUAGUACAAGUGACGAGAGAAGAAAUUCUUUUUCUAUUGCAGACACUAAAAGCGCGUUAGGAACGUAAUCCAAAAACUUGUAAUAUAAGGUAUAUAACAAAUUCUAAUUCUAAUUCAAAAACCUAUUCGCUAUAAAGCUUUAUAAGUUAUUUCGUGCAAGUCAGAAUGAAGUACAAAAGAAACUUGAAAUAUUGUAUUCAAAUGAGUGUAACGUAACAUUCACUUAUAAUAAAUUUACAUCCAUUAAUCCAAACUAUUAUAUCAUUCAAAUUAUCUUUCACAUCAUAAUAGGCCUAAGAUAUUAAUUUAUGACGAUAAUUUUUUUUGUUGGUAAUUUUUCGUCAUUUAGUGGUUUAUUGUAAAAUAUAAUGCAAUCUACGUUAAAAGAUAUUGAUGUUAUGAACAUCACUAUUCUUUUUAUAUUGGCCAAUAUCCUUAUGAGCUUACAAGAGGCUCUCCUAUAUAUGUACUGGCAGUGUACUUUCAUAAUAUUGAUUUCAACUCAAUAAAUCUUUUCUGCAGCAUAAAUACGUUAUUUAUUAUUGAUUUAAUUCAGCUUAAAUUUAUUUAAAUCGGCGUUUCUCACGGUUUAUCGGUGCCUCAUCAGGGUGAGUAUAAAACGGGACGUCACCGCGACCUCAUUACACUCAUGUACGGCGGUGGUGAUCACUUAACAUUAGGUGACACAUACGCUCCUUGUUUGUCGUUUGACAUCAUCAAAAAAAAAUGAUAAUUUCAAGUGUUCUCGGUCGCUCUAGUGUGAAGUUAAAGUACUAUUCUAUUACUGUAUUGUGCUGCCACAAAUUUUGAUUGACAUCUCGUAAACAGUCAGCCACGCUUAGCAUUAUAAUUUAAAUAUUGAAUCACUAACUAGCGCUCGCAUUGACAUAUACACACGUCUAUACGAUAGUUUAUUGUAAGUUUAUGUAGUAUAAGCCUUUACAUAGAGAUAACAGAGUAUUGACAUAUAUUAAAUAGAUGAUAAAAAGUAAAACGGCGUUUUCCAUUCUCUGAAAGCAUCAUGGCUUCAAUCUUGCGAAUAGCUUUAGAUAUUAUUUAUUGGUUGUGAUGUAAUUAAAGGCAACUGGGGCGUAUCGAGGUAUCGCUUUACUUUCAAACGGAUCGUGUUCAUUUAGUUGACCCGAAUGUUUCAACGAAAUAUGUUGAAAUGAUUAUGAUAUGUAAUGUAACAUUUACUAUUAAUAUUAUGCUUAUUUCACUGUAUCUUAUAAUUUCGAUCGCAGGUUUGAAGUGAUAUUUGUUUUAUAACUGUAUAGUCUGAUUACAGGUUCAUAUGUAAAUAUAUAUAUAACUAAUAUAAAUAUACGAAAUCUAA